AUGACCCCCGAGAAGGUGCUGAGGGAGGGGGUGCUGGAGAAGCGGAGCGGGGGGCUGCUGCAGCUCUGGAAGAAGAAGCGGUGCCUGCUGACGGAGAAGGGGCUGCAGCUCUUCGAGCCCAAGGGCUCGCGGCGCAAGGAGCUGAGCUUCGCCCGCAUGAAGGCGGUGGAGUGCGUGGAGUGGAAGGAGCGGCACAUCUACUUCACGGUGGUGAUGGACGACAGCCACGAGAUCGACUUCCGCUGCGCCCAGGAGGACCCGGGCUGGAACGCCGAGAUCACCAUGGGCCUCGUCCGCUUCAAGAACCAGCAGGCGAUCCAGGUCGUCCGCGCCCGGCACAGCUGCCGAGCAGUGGCGCAGUUCGACACAGCCCCGGUGGGACAGCCCAUGGACACGCAGCACCCGAGGAGUCGGAUGGAGAUGGCUCUCGGCUCGGCACGAGGUGGGGAGAACGGGAUCCCAGCGGGCAAGUGA